CACUGCAUUUCCUGCCAGCUUCCUCGUUCUCUCCCAGCACUGAUAAGAAAAGAGGAUGAAAAGUUUGGGUGCAGAUCUCUUGCCCCCACUCUGGUAAUGGGAUUUUGGUUUAUCUCAGUCUCCUGCAUCUUUUUCUUGUGCCUCUCUCCCAUUAGUUUGAACAUGUCCCAAAUCCUGGAGGGAUCUGAGCUUGGAUAAAGGUCUCAGUCCUGAAUCACAUUUUAGGUGAAGAUUUCUCCUGGAGUUUGGCUCUCCCAUCUUCUGGCUGUGUCUGGAAGAGGCAUCAGUGGAAUCAUGAGCAGGGAUGGUGUUUGGACUCAGCCUUGGGGAAUCUCCAGUAGAAAGAUCUCCAAACUGACCCCCAUGGUCCGAGUGGAUGUGGAUUUUUUUUUUUUUAAUGGAAAAAAAAAGAGAUUGUGAAAAUCCUCCUCAUCCCCUGGAAUUGACUUGCUCUUGGAAGGAUGUGGACAAGAGCUGGGAAGCAGCCUGGAAGCUCCUCACCCGUUUAUCAGUCGAUGGGUGUGCUGAAAAACUGAGCCAGGUAAUUCCUGAUCAAUACCAGCCUCUGAUUCAGGCGUGUGGGCUCAGGAAAAAUGAAGGGAUGCAGUCUGGACCUCUCCCAGUCACAGGAAAUUACAGCACAGAGAGUUUAUGGAAAGAGAAACAAAACAGCCCUGACUGCAAGCUGAACUCCGUAUCAGGAAAAGAAAAUUUCAAUUCAGGAGACACCUUGGCUGAACAUCAGUUCCAGCUGAAAACAGCGCUGCUGUGGUGGAAAUGCUCCCGAGGGGUUUUCCAAGACGGGGUUUUCCAAAGCCUGCGUGUCUGCGGCUGCCGCCCCAUCCCUGCGAGCUGCAGUGCGGGGUUUUGCCAUCAGAUGGCAAAGCAGCGAUGGGGAAUGGUGGGAAGCACCUGCCGGAGGAUGCCACAGCCACGGGAGGGGGCACUGGGUGGCCAAAAGGAGCUUUGGUGUCCGAUCUGGGUGCAGUUUGUAGGUGUUGGGCUGGCUCUGGUGGGAGAUUUUCCAUCCCUGGGUGAGGCUGAGCGGGAGCCAUGGGAGUGGGAAGGAUUUGGGGCAAGAGCUGGUUCGUGUUUUAGGGUGGAAGCACGAGCUGUCUGAACCCAGGGUGGGUUCAGGGAUGUUUCAGCCCAGCCAUGCCCAGGGUUGUGCAGGAGCCUGACAUUGCCAUGUCCCAGAGUGCCUGUGGCCCCCCAGGAUCCGCCCGGGAGCUGCAGGGCACUCUGCUUCCUGCACUGAAACCCUGCUCAUCCAAGAAAGCUGUGACUUCCCCUCACAGAAACAACCCAGAGGAGCCCAUUUCGGGCAUCACACCCAGUAAAAAACAAGAAACCAAACCAAACCCAAAGGCAAACAGCUGCCUGAGAUAGCUGGUCUCAAAGGGCAGUGCUUACAGCAGGUGACAGGUGAUUCUAUGUUGUUUUGCUGCUACUUGUCAUAAGGAAAUUGCUUUCUCCUCCAGUGAAACUCACGCCCGUUGAUCUGCACCACGAGGGUGGUGAUAGCGGGGAUCCCAGGCGGAAGCCUUGGCUGCUCUCCUACCUGGAUGGCUGCUAAAAAUAGGAGUGAACUCAGCCACCAGGGUAUAAAAAGGCACCUCCCAGGAGAGCCUGGGAUCCCUCAGCGCCCGUGGCCCAGGAGCUCAUCUUGAGCUGUGUCCAAAGGAGCACAAAAAGUGAUGGAAAGCAGCACUCGGGCUCCGGCUGAGGAGAUGCCUCGGUGGGAUGUGGGGCGGCAGCCGUCGGGCAAGAUCCUCUCUCUGGACAGGCGAGAGGCCAAGAAGGUGCUGGAGAUUUAUGUCAGGCGCUCACUGAGCUGCCAUGAAAACUCACUGGUGGCCAAAAAAACCCUCCAGGAGAAAGACAGAGGGCGAGGGAGGAAAACGGAUGGGCUACAACGGUCAGAAAGUGAUUUCUGCACGUACUCAAGUGCCAAACCCAGCCCCAGGAAGGACCAGGAGGAGAGACUCAAAACACCAGACCUGGAGGAGACUUUGGGUGAUGACAGCAAAGCCGCCCAGGAGGUGCCUAAAGAGGGGCUGAAAGCCAAGAGGAAAAGCACAAAGAACUCUUCCCAGAGCAAAACACAGCGCUCGGGUUCAAAACCAGUCUGGCUGAAAGGUUUCCUAAAUCUCUUCUUGAAGAAGAGCCCUGAGGACCAGAAGGAAAACACAGGGCAAAAAGCAAAGGAGAAAGAUGUCAAAAAUCAGGGCUCCAAACCAGAAGGAGCCAAAAAACACAGAGUAGACUCCAGCACGUCCCCAGCGCUGGGCAGAGCCCUGAAGAAGAAACCCAGCCUCAAGAAGGUUUUCUCCCUGAAGAAGCACGGGGAGGAGGAGCGGGGAGAGCCGGGAUCCGGGGCGAGGAGCAAGCGCCCCAGCUGCCUUCCCCUGCGGCACGUCCUGGCCCCAGCCCAGCCAGAGGCGGAGCAGCCCGACGGAUGCUACACCCAGGUGUCCCAGGACAUCGGGCUGAUCGUGCAGGGCGGCGAGAGCCGGGGGGACACAGCAGGAGAGCGUGGGGAGCCCCCAGAGCCCCCCGGCACCGACGGGGUCGAUGAAGCCAUCAAGAGAAUUGUUGCUCUGCUCCGGAGUGCAGGAGAUGAGCUGGACAGGGAGGUGAGGGAGGACGCGCGGCUGCAGCUGUUCUUCAGGGACAUGUCCUACAGCUCCUUCAAGAACCUGGCUGACGCCUACGUGCAGAGGGAGCUGACAGCCAGCAGGCCCAACGUCAACCCCCAGGAGAUCCAGUUUGCCUACACGGUCCAUCUCACCGCCACGGUGGCGGGGAUCUGCAGCCAGGCAGUGAACAGGAUCAUGGGCUUCGGCACCCGAUACCUGGAUGAUUCCUUCGCACCCUACGGCAAAAUUCUCCAGCAGAACAGAGAAAAGCUCAGGACAGACCACUGUGACAGCCCAGACUGACAGCUGCUGCGAGGGGCCCGUGGUGCCUGGGAAGCCAAGGAUGAACAUUUGUGGUGGGAGGACAAUCCCUGAUGGUGACCUGGAUGUGGAGCGACCUUCUGAGCUGUGGAUUUAAAAUCUUUUCAGGAGAACCAACAGUGUGAAAUGCUUGAACUCCACCUGUCUGGGGUGAAAAGUCAGUAAAUCAAACAGAGCCCAAAUUUCACCCUGUAUUUAUAUUUUAGUUCCUGCCAACUGCUUGUGUUGAACCUCAGGGGUUGUUGCUGUUUGUACAUAUGUAUUUAUUUACCUGUUUUCUAAAUGUAUUUGUGAAUGUACAGCAUAAUUUUUGUAGUUUCUGCUACCAGCCAAGAAUCCAGUUUGAAAAAAAUUCUAAAACUCAAAUAAAUUGGUGCCUAA